GUUUUAAGGGACAGAAAUGGGAGACGAAAUAAGCCAAAGCCAAAUCUCCCUCCAACAUCCAAUCCCCCCUAACCGCCUCUUCCCCCUUCCCCUCACUCAUUCACACACUCAUAAAAAAAAAAAAAAAAAAAAAAAAUUCGAGUCAAACAUUUCCACCAUUUCUACGGCUCAAUAAACUCUCAAACCCACCAAUUGAAUUGAAACUGAAAUCGAUCUGCACCGAAAAUGCCACCGGCGCGGCAAUCGUGGACCAUCGACCCGGACCUGGACGGAAUCGACCUUGAAUCCUCGGACUUCGCCGCCUCAGUCCCCCUCAAGAAGGUCCCCAACGGCGACGUCUUCGAGGCAUCCCGCGCCGGCGACGUCGACCGCCUCCGCUACCUCCUGGAGUCCGGCGUCAACGUCAACGCGCGGGACCAGUGGGACUCCGCCGCCCUCUACUACGCCUGCCUCGCCGGACACCUCGACGCCGCCAAGAUGCUGCUCGAGAGCGGCGCCAUUUGCUCCGAGCACACCUUCGACGGCGAUCGCUGCCACUACGCCGCCCUCAAUUUGAAGGUCCGCAAGCUUCUCAAGGCCUUCGAGGCCAGGCCGCCCCCCUUGGGUCCGUUGCAGGCGGCGAUGCGGGAGACCUUCCUCGGCUGCGGGGCUAAUAGAGCGUAUUUGGAGCAGACGGAUUAUGCUCAGUUGCAAAUUUCAGGUCCUUCAUUGGGUUUGGCUUUCAAUUCCAGCCACUUCCCACCAGAUGCUGUUUUCCUUGUGCAAGGUAGACCCAUUGAAGCUCACAGGGUGAUUUUGAGUGUUCGAUCACCAUUCUUUAAGAGAAAGUUUGAGACUGAUUGGAAAGACCGUAAAGAAGUAAGAUUCGCAGGGGAAAAGUUGUCAUAUCCUGCUCUUUAUAGCCUUAUCCAUUUCUUUUACUCUGACAGACUAGAUAUUGCAGUAGACGAUAUGGAAGAUCUGGUGAGGAUCUGCAAAGUAUGUAAAUGUGAAUCUUUGCAAAGGGUUCUUGAGAAAGAAUUGAUUCAUCAAAAAUUUGCCGAGUACAAAGCAUUAAGGGACGUAGACAACUCUCAGAAACGGUUUAUUUUACAGGGUCUGUCCCUUCCUGAAAAAGACCGUCUUCCCAGUUCCUUGCAUUGCAUACUCCAAAUUUCUCUUGCCAAUUCAACCUUGGAAACUAAAUUAGACAAUAGUGUUGAAGGAUUAAUAUCUCAUGCAGAUAGAAUGCAUAUAAGUAAUGUUGAAGAUGAUCUAGCUGAUGUUUGCAUCAAAAUUGAUAAAAAGAUUUUUAGAUGCCAUCAAGUGGUUUUAGCAUCAAGGUCAGAGUACUUUAAAGCUAGGUUAUCACGGAUGAAGGAUUUUCUCGAAGGAAAUGAUGGGUUACCUGUCCAUACCCUUCCAUGUAUUGAGGAACGUGAUUUGAGCAUGGAAGCAUUUGAGAAAAUGAUUGAGUUUAUGUACACUGAUGGUUUGAAAGAAAUAGACCCUGAGCAGGCUGAGGAAAUGUUUGAUGCUGCUUCUAGAUAUUUACUGUUUCCUCUUAAGCGUGCUGUAGCUGAUGUGCUACUUCCACUCCUGGAAACGGUUUCACCAGCAGAACUGUGCCAUUGGUUGAUAUUAUCAGACAUGUAUGGUGUUCUGAAGAUACGGGAGUAUUGUCUAGACGUGAUAGCUUGCAACUUUGAGACAUUUGCCGAAACUCGUGAAUUUCGAGCAAUGCUUUUGACACUGCCACCACCUUCUGGAGACGACUCGCUUCGCACAACUGCUCCGAGUGCUCCAGGAGCUGAAGUCAACACAGACCAAGCCAAUCUGCUUGAUGAUUUACGAGAGAAGUGGCUUGAAGCUGAAGCUGCUGAGCUUGACAAGAGAGAUGAAAGUGCAUUACUUUUUGAUAAACGCCUUGAGAUGCUUAUGGUUGUUGCGGAGCAGGAAAAAUCUAAUGAAAAUUUAACUGACGAGAUUCACGAUGACUCUAGAACAAUAGGAUUCCAUUCAGCUGCUGUUUUCAUGGCAAAUGAAGAAUAAUAAUGUACCUAGGUUUGUAGACAAUUUUGUUCCGUCCCAAAUGUAUAAAUAAACACGAGCUUUUCCUUA